AUGUUUAGUCCCAGUGCUGGUGGUGUUGGUUGUCGAUCGGGUCGAUUUUUACUAUUAAAUAAAUCGUGCUUUUCAAUUACCGACAAAGCUGUCCUGCUGAUUCCAAUUCUAUUAAUGAUGAUACAAUUUAAUACCCCUACGGUCGGAGCGUUACGGUGCUAUGCCUGUGGAUUAACACAAACUUCCGGCGAUGUGAGGUGCGUGUCGGAGCCGCAAAGCGUCGAGGGACAGAGUGUAGUCACCUGCUCGAGAAAGUACUGCACCAUCACUAGGCAGGAGCUGGUGGAUCCACCUGGCAAGCUGGUUACUUUCUUGAGAGGAUGUGAGGAGAGCCCACUGUAUCUUGACGAAGUCAUCGAAGAUCCGACUUUCAUCACUUACUAUCGGUCUUGCACCACCGACCUGUGCAACGAAGGCGAUGCCCUAGGUUCCUCCGGUUCCGCCCUGACCGGGCUCAACGAGGGAGCCUCCGAUAAUCUGCUCGUCCCCGGGUUGCCCAACAGCGGAGUAGUACCGAUGGCAACGACAUCUCCAUUACUGCUGAUCAUUAAAAUCGCAUCACUGGUGCUAUCGGCAACACGCAUCAUCGCGUAG